CUGUGUGAGAGCAGCGGUCAGCAGCUGGGCGAGACCUGAGGAGCAUCAUGGGCCUUUUCAGCUUCCUGAGCGUGAUCAUCACCAGAACUCUCUUCAUCCUGGUCUCUCUGAUCGGUGUCUGGAGGGUGGCGUACGUCAAAGAAAGCCACUACUACUGGUUUCUYACAUUCCUCUUCCUGCCGCUCGUUGUUGAAAUGAUAAUAACUCUGAGGAACCAGGAGGGGAAGGAUUACAAAUGGUUUUCUCCAACAAUCCUCCUGUUUCUCAUAAGCAUCGUCCCGUCCAUCUGGAUCCUGGAGCUUCACCACCAGCAGAACAAAGCUGCUGACAACAAGUGCAACUAUACUGAUGGGGUGGAAAAUCUGAGCAGAAUUCUCAAGACGAACGCGACGUCUGAAAAUUUCACCCUGCCCUCUUUGUUGAAGAAUGUUAAUGAGGCGCUCUGUCCAAAUAAUUGGAUCCUGGCUCUUCAUCAGAUCCUGCUUAUCCUCCUCAUCUUGGGGAAGUGGCUGCUCCCCUUGGGAGACGGGGUGACAAAAGACCAGCUGUCUCAGCUGCUGCUGAUUUUUGUGGGCACGGCAGCGGACAUCCUGGAAUUUACUAGUGAGACGCUGAAUGACAUCACAGACACUUCUCCUGAGCUGGUCUACAUCAUCUUAGCUGUGUGGUCAUGGAGCAUGUUGCAGUUUCCCUGUCAUCUGAGCGUGGUGAAGUCCAUGGGCCAGGGCGGGGACAACGACGCCGUCCAGGGGGACUCGCUGUGGUCCAAAUACAGCACCGACCUGUGGAGCAUCGUGGAGACCCUGUUCAUUCAGGACGGCCCUUUCCUGGUGGUCAGGCUCACUGUCCUGACCCACUAUCGCAUCAUUCACCAGAUGCUCAUUUUCUUUACUGUCAAGAAUUUCCUGGUGGUCAUACUGAACCUUUACCGCCUGUUCGUCAUAUGCCAAGACUUCAGAUUCUCCCAAAGUGGCCCAUGAGUCAGAAAGUGAAUUGUUUCUUAGUGGGGAGUGAGUGUGUGAAAAAAAUUAAAUAAAAAAUGGAGCAAGAAAACAAGUAACUGUGGUGAAAACAAAAACAAAACAAAAAU